UGUAUGGUUUCCAACAUGGCAAAAAUCAGAACCAGCGAUCCGGUAUUGACGGUGGCGCCCCACUGUCAAUGUCAUGCAUAGGACAGUUCAGUAUUUUGGAACUAUAAACAUAAAAUCAAAACCAACCAAAACAAAUAGCUCUAUUUUACUUGAAACAAACAAAAACAUGACUUCGAAAGGAUCUUUUGAAAAUAAUUAUGAAGAUUACAAAUCUGAAAUCGCUAGUAAUAUCCUCAAUGAAUCCAGAGACGGGGUAUCUGAAAAAUUCCAGCUAAAAUUACAAAACUUCAAAGCAGCUAAAAUGCACAUAUUGCUCACUCAAAUGGAAAAAGAUAUAUUUUAUGAUGGAACAGUGUAUACAGGAUCUGCUGGUUUGGCUUUAUAUUAUUUUACUAGUGCGUGGGUAAAAAGUGAAGUAAAUUUGGAUGUGUUAAAGACAUCCCUAGAUUAUAUCAACAUAGACACUCUUAAAGGACGCCGAAUUAGCUUUUUAUGUGGAGAUGCUGGACCUCUGGCAUUAGCAACUGUUAUAUCAUAUAAAAUGGGUACCAAGCGCCCAGAAUGCUUGCCAGAUUACAAAACUAUUGCAAAUAGAUUAAUGUCGCUCAUAUCACUCAUAAAUGAUUCUCCUGAUGAACUUCUGUAUGGAAAAGCGGGCUAUCUCUAUGCCUUGCUCUUUGUCAAUAAAUAUAUUAAUGGAAAAGACACAAUUCCUUCAAGUCACAUUGAACAGGUUAUUCAAAGUAUUUUCAAAUCAGGAAAACAAUUUUCUACACAAAUGAAGUCUGAGAGUCCUCUUUUAUGGCAGUGGCAUGAGAAAAUAUACUUUGGCGCAGCACAUGGUAUGGCUGGAAUUUUGUAUAUGCUGCUACAGGCACGUGCUUAUAUCAAUAUAAUAGAUAUUCGAAGCUUCGUCAAACCAACCUUGGAUUGGUUGAUGAAUCAGCGCUACCCCAGUGGCAAUUUCCCGUCGUCUUUGGGGAGCAGCUCUAAAGACAGGCUCGUGCAAUGGUGUCAUGGAGCGCCGGGAUUUGUGCCUCUGUGUAUUUUAGCACAUCAGAUUUUCGAAGAAGAUAAAUACCUAAAAAUUGCCUUACAAUGUGGAGAUGUUAUAUGGCAGAGAGGAUUAUGUACUAAAGGUUAUAGUAUGUGCCACGGCGUCAGUGGAAAUGCCUAUGCAUUUUUACAAUUAUACCAAGCAACUAAGAAACCAAAUCACCUCUAUCGCGCCUGUUGUUUUAUGGAAUGGUGUGCAUUAGAGCGUCCCGGCACAGAGCUACACCACCCUGACAGACCAGCAUCUUUGUUUGAAGGUCUAGUUGGACGCCUAUAUCUGGCUGAGGAUAUGUCAAGCAAUAUGGAAUCAAAAUUUCCUGGCCUAUGCUUGUAAUAACGCAUGACGAUACGACGUUACCCAUAAUUACGCCUUAUAUGUAUUGUAUAGGUAAACAACUAAUGUCAGUUGUCAGCGUUUAGUUGAUGGUGCGGUAGAAAGGCAUUAUGAUCUCUCUCCAUACAAAAUAAGCUGUACCCAGGCGUAUUUGAUCGUCGACUGCACAAAGCGACGACAUUAAACAGUAUGUAAACGUAACUCAGCACUCUCUUUACUUCGGAUACACUUAUCCGACUUAUCAGACAUAAAUAGAUAAAUGCUAUGCAUUGCCGUAGAAAGGUACAUUCUUUGAAAGUACCUACAUAAUUUAUUAUUAUUUCUUGAAUUUGAAAUUAUAUUGUAUUUUUUAACUAUUUCAUGAUAUUUACUUAUUAAUUAUUAAAAAUAUACGAAUUAAAGAAA